AAUCAUGUGACGUAAGGCGGAAGUUGUCACUUAAAAAAACAUGACUGACAUGACUGUUAUUACAGUUUAGAGGCUAUUAAGUACAACAUUGAAGCCAGUAUUUAAGAAUGUCUUUGACCCAAGAAAAGGACACCAGCUUUUUGGGUGGCAAAAUACCACCUGAAAUCGAGUCGAUGUCAAAAAAUCUAAAGGAUGUGGCGCAAGAGAUGUUUCGAAAAUUACUGAAAGCUGUGGUGAAUGCCCUAGAGGGGAAAGACUGCAGGGACACUAUGAAGUCAAUAGCAGAGAACAGUGUCUUUCCCCAGCAGAAGCUCAGUCACAUUGUGGCUGGAAUGUACAGAUUGUUGGCCGAGGCUGUUCGGAUACCGCAGUCAUUACUUAAACAGGAGGCCUUUAAAGAAGAUCUUCGAGAACUAAGGAUACCAGAAGACUUUAUCACAGAUUUCUGCAGUGUGGUUUUUGGAAAUCGCCGUACAACUCUGGAAGCGGCAACUUCUCAGAGGGAUCCCCAUCUGCCUACAAUACAUGAAUUUAAAUGGAGAGUGGAUGUUGCCAUUUCUACAAGCUCAUUGGCGAGAGCACUGCAGCCUUCUGUCUUGAUGCACCUGAAACUUUCGGAUGGAUGUUUUCACCAAUUUGAGGUGCCACCCGCUAAAUUCCAGGAGCUGCGCUACAACGUGGCUCUAAUCCUCAAAGAGAUGAAUGAUCUGGAGAAGAGGAGUAUUCUUAGGAUCCAAGACUGAUAAAUGCUCCAGAACUGAUGACAGCGUCAAGAGUGUUAAGAGAACUUGAUUUCCUUUUUCUUACUUGCUUCUUACGUCUUCAUUCUGUACACAAACCAAACACAACAUUAGGUACACCUAGACAAUGUAAUGUGGCACUGUACUAUUAAAACAAAUGCAACCUUUA